CAGCCGGACGGCCAGAUGCCGUCGGAUAAAACAAUCGGCGGGGGCGAUGACUCGUUCAAUACGUUCUUCAGCGAGACGGGCUCCGGCAAGCACGUGCCCCGAGCCGUGUUCGUCGAUCUCGAGCCGACGGUCGUUGACGAGGUGCGCACCGGUACCUAUCGGCAGCUGUUCCACCCGGAGCAGCUGAUCACCGGCAAGGAGGACGCGGCGAACAACUACGCCCGCGGCCACUACACCAUCGGCAAGGAGAUCGUCGACCUGGUGCUGGACCGCAUCCGCAAGCUGGCCGACCAAUGUACCGGGCUGCAGGGCUUUCUGGUGUUUCACUCGUUCGGCGGUGGCACCGGCAGCGGCUUUACCUCGCUGCUGAUGGAGCGCCUCUCGGUGGACUACGGCAAGAAGUCCAAGCUCGAGUUCUCCAUCUACCCGGCACCGCAGGUGUCAACGGCGGUGGUGGAACCGUACAACUCCAUCCUGACGACGCACACCACGCUCGAGCACUCGGAUUGCGCGUUCAUGGUCGACAACGAGGCCAUCUACGACAUCUGCCGCCGCAACCUGGACAUCGAGCGGCCGACCUACACCAACCUGAACCGGCUGAUCGGACAGAUCGUGUCGUCGAUCACGGCCUCGCUGCGCUUCGACGGCGCGCUGAACGUCGACCUCACCGAGUUCCAGACCAACUUGGUGCCGUACCCGCGCAUACACUUCCCCCUGGCCACCUACGCGCCCGUCAUCUCGGCGGAGAAGGCCUACCACGAGCAGCUGACCGUGGCGGAGAUCACCAACGCCUGCUUCGAGCCGGCGAACCAGAUGGUGAAGUGCGACCCGCGCCACGGUAAGUACAUGGCCUGCUGCAUGCUGUACCGCGGCGAUGUGGUGCCGAAGGACGUCAAUGCGGCCAUCGCCACCAUCAAGACGAAGCGCUCGAUCCAGUUCGUCGACUGGUGUCCGACCGGCUUCAAGGUGGGCAUCAACUACCAACCGCCAACCGUCGUGCCCGGUGGCGACCUGGCGAAGGUACAGCGAGCCGUAUGCAUGCUGUCCAACACUACCGCCAUCGCGGAGGCCUGGGCUCGGCUGGAUCACAAGUUCGAUCUAAUGUACGCCAAACGUGCGUUCGUGCACUGGUACGUGGGUGAGGGCAUGGAAGAGGGUGAGUUUUCCGAGGCACGUGAGGAUCUGGCCGCGCUGGAGAAGGACUACGAGGAGGUCGGUGUCGACUCGACGGAGGAGGUUGGCGAGGGCGACGAGUACUAGGCCGAGCGGAUAUAGUCUGGAGCAACUCCCCCAGCACACACUCACCCACUGGCGCACACUCAUGCACACAAGAACCGGAAGUUCUACAGGUCUCGGCGCACCUUGAGAGUUUACUUUCGUUUUUCCUUUUGUUUGUGAGCGCGUGGAAGGCCGCAUUCCGUCACGUACGGAGCCGGCCUCGCGCACCAGCAGCGGAACCUAUUAUUGGAGCAAA